AUGUACAGCAACUUCAAGGAGAAGGCAAUAGAGCUGGUCAAACAGGCGACAGAGGAGGACAAUGCCGGAAACUAUCAGAAGGCCUUCCAGUUGUACAUGGCCUCCCUGGACUACUUCACCACCCAUCUGAAAUACGAGAAGAAUCCCAGUGCAAAGAGUGCCAUCACAGUGAAGGUUCGGGACUACAUUGCGCGUGCUGAGUACCUGAGGGCUGUGCUGGAUGGGCAAACCCCGGAGGACCCAUCUGGCGAUGCCGGAGUGGGAGGCUCCCAAGCUGCCGCUGGGGUGAAGAAACCCGGUGCGGCUGCCGGCAAAGAGGACGACUUGGAGAAGCUGAAGAGCUCCCUCGGUAACGCGAUCCUGGAGGAGAAACCCAAUGUCAAGUGGGACGACGUGGCGGGGCUGGAGUCCGCCAAGGAUGCGCUGAAGGAGGCGGUCAUCCUCCCCGUCAAGUUCCCCCAGUUCUUCACCGGCAAGCGCAAGCCCUGGAGCGGCAUCCUGCUGUACGGUCCCCCCGGUACCGGCAAGUCCUACCUGGCCAAGGCGGUGGCCACGGAGGCCGACUCCACCUUCUUCUCCGUCUCCUCCUCCGACCUGGUGUCCAAGUGGAUGGGCGAGUCGGAGAAGCUGGUGUCCAGCUUGUUUGCGCUGGCGCGCGAGAAGGCGCCCGCCAUCAUCUUCAUCGACGAGAUCGAUGCGCUGUGCAGCUCGCGGGGUGAGGGAGAGAGCGAGGCCGCGCGCCGCAUCAAGACCGAGUUCCUGGUGCAGAUGCAGGGCGUAGGCCACGGCGACGACAAGAAGCGGGUACUGAUGCUGGGCGCCACCAACCUGCCCUACUCCCUGGACCAGGCAGUGCGGCGCCGCUUCGACAAGCGCAUCCACAUCCCGCUCCCCGAGGCGCCGGCCCGGGCCUCCAUGUUCCGCAUCCACCUGGGGGACACGCCCAACGCGCUGACUCAGCGCGAGUUUGACGACCUGGGGGAGCGGACCAAGGGCUUCUCCGGCUCCGACGUCGCCAUCGUGGUCAAGGACGUGCUCAUGCAGCCCGUCCGCAAGACGCAGGACGCGACGCACUUCAAGAAGGUACAAGAAGGGGGCAAGGUGAUGCUGGAGCCCUGCUCUGCGGGUGAGCCCGGCGCCUUCCCGGCCACGCUCCAGAGCUUGGCAGACAAGGGCCAGGCGCAGCUGGUGCACCCUCCCAAGAUCACGUUCCGGGAUUUCGAAAAGGUGCUGCUCAGGGCGCGGCCGACAGUGUCUCAGGACGACCUGGAGACGUACAAGAAGUUCACAACCGAGUUUGGGGAGGAGGGGUAG